AUGUUCACUCAUAGCAGCUCUGAUGUCGAUGAUCCAGAUGCUUCUGCCGCCCAGCUCCUGGAGCAGUUUGGAUGCUCAAUAACUCGCAAAACAUCCUCGAACAAAGCACAAGCAGAUAACCAUGUACAAGAGUCUUUACAAACGGGCCCUCCAUUGGAGAUGCAUGAAACCACGUUCGAAGUCAUUAUACCAUCAGUUGAAAAUCCUAAAGAUUACAAAUAUCUGCCAGGACAUAACUCAGUUCGCCGAAUUCUAAGUGUAGAGCCAGAUCGAGAUAAUCCGAUUUAUACUAUCAGGCUUCAUAGUGGGGAACGUCAAACGAUCACCCACCAGCGCCUCUUGGAACUGAAAAAUAGUUUAAAUGCUCUAGAGCGUUUCAAUUUCCCCUCACGUUCACCUUCACCCUCAAUAUCGACAUCAACAUCAUCCUCAAAAUCAUCUUCAGAUUCGACUGACGAUCUUGCUUUGAGUCCAGACCAACCCAAUCACUACUACUAUUCUUCUGCGUCAGGAUUUAACACGGCAUCCGUCGAAGAAUCCAAGGACAUGACCAACGCAAGCAAACGCAAGCGCAAGCAGAAGAAAAACUACAUGGCAUACUUUAAGGCCCAGUUCUCAAGUGAUGAUGAGCUGUCCAAUAAUCAUGGUCGUAGGGUGAAACAAGCUCGUGGUCGGGCAGUUCGUGAUUCGACUUUGAGUUCGUCCCACGCAGAUAACCGAAAGUCUUCACGCCACAAGGGUCAGAAACUGAGAAACUUGAAAGAACGUCAGGAGGACGAUUAUUCAGAAGCGGAGAGUGAUGCACCGAAGCGCAAAAAGUAUUCUGGCGCUCGAGAGGUAUUCAGUGAACUUUCCCUCGAUGAUGAAUUCAGACAGCUUCAUUAUCCAUACUGUAUCACCUGUGGACUUCACAAUAAUGAUGACAAAAAAGGACCACUUGUUUUUUGUCAAGGUUGCAGUUCUUCUUGUCAUCAGGUUUGUCUUGGAGUUCGUACCACAAGACAGCAUCUCGUAACCAAAAUCGGCGAGGGAAACUGCAUUCUUCAAUGCCGCCGCUGCAUUGGUUUUGCAAAUUCGAACAACGAAAUGCUCCCCCAUCUAGGCUGUUGUGCUGUCUGCAAUGAGAAGGGCCCAAUGUCCGAGCCGCUGCGAGAGCGUCUUUCGUCGAAGGAGGAGCAGCAGCUACGGUCAGAUAAUGGUGGAUUGGAUCCAGUCACCCCAAUAGAGAUGUCUCGAGUAAACAACAUACGCAAUAUACUUUUCAGAUGCACCGGCUGUCAUCGUGCAUUCCAUACUGAACAUUUUCCGCACAUGGACGGCUUAGACCCCUCUGAUUCUUUCGCUGGUUACGGUGCUCACUGGCAGUGUCAUGACUGCACUGGAGUAGACAGUCAAGUGGAGUUAAUUGUUGCAUGGCGUCCAGCCAAUUUCCAAGCCGCUAAAAUCCUCGACCAUGAUCAGAUUCCAGAGAUUGAAAAAGAAUACCUCGUCAAGUGGAAGCGGAAAUCUUAUUAUCGUGUUACUUGGAUGCGUGGAGACUGGGUCACGUGUUACACUCACGCUGCCAUAAGAAAAAAGUUCAACAAGGAGCCACAUGAGCCAAUCUUCGAGGCCGAAAAUGCCAUUCCAGACGAUAAUUUUCGGGUUGACAUUGUUUUUGACGUGACCUAUUUUGACAAUGUCAGUGCGGAAGAUAAAGCAAGGCCAGAAAUGGUCAAGGAGGCGUACGUCAAAUACAUAGGCCUUAACUACGAAGACGUCGUUUGGGAAUCACCACCCAAGCCAACCGAAACAUCCCGUUGGGAAGACUUCAAGCUGGCAUUCACAGAAUGGCAGCAGCAAAGCAAAUUUACGACUCCUAAUGCCACGAUACUCAGGGAUUAUCUGGCAAAAAUUCGGCUACAGAAUUUCGAGAAGAGGCUAGUCUUGAAAAGGCAGCCUGAGAUGAUAAGACAUGGUGAACUCAUGGAGUACCAGAUGGAUGGCGUUAACUGGAUUUACUACAUGUUUCUCAAGCAACAAAACGCCAUUUUAGCCGAUGACAUGGGUCUCGGAAAGACUAUACAGGUCAUUGGCUUCCUUGCAGCUCUUAUUGAGAAGCACAAGUGUUUUCCAUUUUUGGUUGUUUGCCCCAAUUCAACUGUUGCAAAUUGGCGUCGUGAAAUCAAAACAUGGACUCCAGGAAUUCGGGUCGUGACAUAUUUCGGUUCUAAGUUUUCGCGCCAAAUGGCCAAGGAAUAUGAAAUCUUCCCCGGAAGCUCUCCUACCCCCAAAUGCCAUGUGGUGAUUGCCUCGUAUGAGAGCAUGAUUGAUGACGAUUCAAACAGAGUUUUGAAAAAGAUUAAAUGGGCAGGUUUGAUAGUCGACGAAGGACAGCGCCUCAAAAAUGACAAAACAAUCCUUUAUACGAUCCUUGAACAAAUGAAAUUCUCCUUUCGGCUACUUCUCACCGGCACACCUCUGCAGAACAACGUCCGAGAGUUGUUCAACCUUCUGCAAUUCCUUGACAAAGAUAAUGAUGCAGAAGAAUUGGAGGAGGAGUAUGAAGGAGGUCUUACCUCAGAGAAAAUUCGCGCUCUUCAUGAUUUGAUCCGCCCCUUCUUCCUGCGUCGUACGAAAGCCCAGGUUUUGCCCUUCUUGCCAUCUGUAAUGCAAAUCAUCAUUCCCGUCUCGAUGUCCAUCGUGCAGAAAAAACUUUACAAGUCUAUAUUGGCAAAGAACCCAAAUCUUAUCAAAGCAAUCUGCAGCAAACGACCUGACAUGAUGAAGAGGGGGGAUAAGUUGAGCUUGAACAACAUAUUGAUGCAGCUCCGCAAGUGUCUUUGUCACCCUUUCAUCUACAAUAAGGAUAUUGAGGAGCGAACUCAAGAUCGUGAAUUGGAGCAUAAGCACUUGGUGGAGGCAUCUGGUAAACUUCAAUUACUGACCUUGAUGCUGCCCAAACUUCAUGAGCGUGGACAUCGGGUUUUGAUCUUCAGCCAAUUUUUGGGAUAUAUGGACAUUGCCGAAGAUUUUCUUAAUGGCCUAUCUCUGAAAUACUGUCGUCUCGAUGGAAAUAUGAACGCUCGACAGAAGCAGCAACAGAUAGAUCUCUUCAACGCUCCAAAUUCUCCAUAUUUUGCCUUCUUACUUUCAACCAGAUCUGGCGGAGUUGGUAUCAACCUCGCAACUGCGGAUACCGUGAUCAUCAUGGAUCCAGACUUCAAUCCAAAGCAAGAUAUGCAAGCAAUGUCCCGUGCACAUCGAAUCGGUCAACAAAAAACUGUCCUCGUUUUCCAUUUGAUAACACGAGCUUCUGUGGAGGAAAAAAUCAUGGAGAAGGGCAAGAAAAAAAUGGCCCUUGAUCAUGUUCUUAUCGAUCGUAUGGAAGCCACGGAGGAGGAUGGCGAGGACCUUGUAUCCAUUCUUCGACAUGGAGCAAGAUUGUUAUUCGAGGACGAAAAUUCUGGCCACACUGUCCAUUACGAUUCCGAGUCUAUCGACAAACUUUUAGACCGCAGCCAAGCCGAAGAGACACAAAAGACUAACCGCAAUGCCACUACUUUCUUGACCGACCAACAGCCGCAAUUUGGCUUUGCCCGAGUCUGGCAAAAUGACCGGGGGGCUUUUGAAGAAGUGACGGAAACCGAAGAUACCCCGAUUGAUGACCCAGUGUGGGAAACCCUACUUAAGGAACGUGAGCAGGAGGCCAUCAAAGAAUCUAAUCGGAGAGCCGAGAUCCUUGGCCGCGGUAAACGUAAACGAGCCAAUGUCCACUAUCAUACUUCACGCUUGGAGAAUACUGAACUUGACGCUGAUCUCACCCCCAACUCCUCUCCCUUUAAACGUCAAAAGAGCCGAAAGCUUUCCGAGAGUGAUAAUGAACAAGAUUACGUUGAAAAGGAGUCCGAGUUAUCUGAUGAAGAGGAUGUAGGACUAUCUGAUGCUAUGGACUUGGACGAAGGUGCUUCAGUCCCAUUUCUUCACGCCCAGAUCCAGAGCCAUCCCUCCCAAUUCACUCCCGCUCAUGUCCAGCAUCCUCAGCAGAGCUUGGGUCUUGAUGGUGCCUCCGGUGGAAAUAACACGGCCAGCGCAUCGUCUCGCUGCGUCGUAUGCACUGAAUACCAUGUCUCUGGUCACUGUCCCUGCAAAUUAGCAGGGGUCGAGCUUUGUCCUCUGUGUGGCCUGGCACAUUUUGGGGGCCGCCGUUCCUGUGCCAUGCUUCAUUCUGUUGCCCAGCUUCGGUACUUGCUGGAAAGAUUGCCACGCAGCACCGAGUCUCCGGAGCUCAUCGGUAUUGCAGAGAAAUACUUGAAGGGUGCAAUUAGAAGCCAAAUGAAACAUGAUCGAGAUAAGGUGGCCGAUGGCAACAUCUCAGUGCCCCCGGCCUAA